GAGCCCGCCCAACUUUCUUCCCAUGAAAACCAGACAGUUUAAUCCGUUAAAAAGAUCGGCAGGCAAGAAAUGAAUCUCUUCUCUUACUCUUCUUCUUCUUCUUCUUCCUCGAGAAAACCCGCCUUAACUACUCUCUUCUCUCCAUCUCAAAACCAUGAAAACCUCUCCAAACCACACUUUAAGCUCCCAAUCAAAACCCUUACCCACUCGUCUCCCUCACUCCUCUCUCGCCCUCCAUGUUCCUCUAAGUCCUCCUCUUCUCGGGUUCUCGAUCCAUCGCCAAACGUCACUCUCGGGCCUCUCAAAGAAUCUUCCAGCGGCGAGGUUCCAAAGCAAGACUCUUCUCCUGAUAGAAUGCUCCUUGUUCGCCGGCCAGUCAAGGAAGAAACCGGCGACGAGUCAAACGACGAGGAUCCAGAUAUAAAAUCGCCGGCUACGUUUGAUGCCGGACUAAGUGAGUUCGCGAAGAAGAUGCCGAUGUUUGAGCCGGAGAGAUUGGGGUCUGGUACUUCACAAGAGAAGCCCCUUACAGUUAAUCUGGAUCUAGCCUUGUACAGAGCCAAGGUCUUAGCCAGGAAUUAUCAGUACGGAGAAGCUGAAAAGAUAUUUGAGAAGUAGAGCUUCCCGAAAAUGUGUAUAUACUAUUGGCGAGAUGGUAGACCGUACGUGGGGUUAGGGAGUAUUGAAUAAACAGGGAAAGUUGCAGAGGCUAGAGCUCUUUAUGAGAAAAAGGGUGGCCAUUCCAUAUUAUGGCAAUGCUGGGCUAUCUUGGAAAAGAAGGUGGGAAAUGUAAGGAGAGCUAGGGAAUUGUUUGAUGCAGCCACAGUGGCUGACAAGAAACAUGUUGCAGCGUGGCAUGGAUGGGCAAAUCUAGAGAUAAAACAGGGAAAUAUCAAGAAAGCGAGACAUCUGCUUGCCAAAGGUCUCAAGUUCUGCGGUGGGAAUGAGUACAUAUACCAGACGUUAGCAUUACUGGAGGCCAAAGCAGAACGGUAUGAGCAGGCUCGUCACUUAUUCAGGCAGGCAACUAAAUGUAAUCCUAAGAGCUGUGCCAGUUGGCUUGCAUGGGCACAACUGGAGAUACAACAGGAAAACAACUGUGCUGCCAGGCAACUAUUUGAGAAAGCUGUCCAGGCGAGCCCAAAGAAUAGGUUUGCAUGGCAUGUGUGGGGAGUUUUUGAAGCUAAUAUGGGCAAUGUUGAUCAAGCAAGAAAACUUCUGAAGAUAGGUCAUGCACUCAAUCCGAGGGAUCCAGUUCUCCUUCAGUCCCUUGCUUUGUUAGAAUAUAAACACUCAACUGCAAAUCUUGCUCGAGUGUUGUUCCGGAGAGCAUCUGAACUGGAUCCAAAUCACCAACCUGUAUGGAUUGCUUGGGGUUGGAUGGAAUGGAAGGAAGGAAACAUAUCAACAGCAAGAGAAUUAUACCAAAGAGCACUUUCAAUUGACUCUACGACAGAGAGUGCCGCUAGAUGUCUGCAGGCUUGGGGCGUACUAGAGCAGAGAGCCGGUAACCUAUCUGCUGCCAGAAGAUUGUUUAGAUCAUCCCUUAAUAUAAAUUCACAGAGUUAUAUAACAUGGAUGACGUGGGCAUCAUUCGAGGAGGAUCAAGGGAAUGCUGUACGAGCCGAGGAAAUUCGUAAUCUCUACUUCCAGCAGAGAACCGAAGUCGUGGAUGAUGCUUCCUGGGUCACAGGAUUUCUAGACAUCUUUGAUCCAGCACUUGGCAGCAUAAAAAGACUGUUGAACAUGGAGCAAAACCCACAAUUCCGGUCGUCGGAGAACUUCGAUGUACAACCGAGCAGCCUACCCCUGGGUUCCAGCGAAGGCAGCAGCGAUAAAAAUAGUGGAAGCGGGUUUGAUUUGGACGAGUUCAUCACCACGAAGCUGUCAUUAGAUCCCAAAAAGCUGGAUGUUCGGGUGGAGGUCUCGUCAAAAAGAACAUGGAGAUCUAUGAAACGAACCUCAGCAGCUUUGCAGCAGCCAUGAAUUUGGACAUGCCUGCAUAUUUAUCAUAACGUUGUGUACAGAAACCAUGAUUACAUAUACAGACAGAAUUGUUAAUUGAUUAACGGCUCUGAUAUAUUAUUUCAAUUAAAAGAAGAAAUGAUAGAGAGGUAAUUUUAUCGCAA